UGGUCCGUCAAUGGUUGUCCUGCAGUUAGAGGGGCGAUUUGCAGUGUGUUUUAUUGUGUCUCCAUCUUGCCAGCUGGAAAGCAGCCAUCUAAAAUUGCGUUGCAGCUGCGUCUUUUUUUAGCCUCCGCGUUUUCAGCCGCUCGGGUUGGGAAAGUAGCGUGCAGUAAGUUUAGUGAAUGAACACUGGUGUUUGCUGCAGGCCUCUCUGAGCUGAGACUGGAAACAGACCAGCAGUGUGUGUGCAGCGCUUCAGUUUACAGCCCCGGUGUCAACUUCUGUGUGUGACCGCCUGGUGAAGCUUGGUUUCGGGGAACGACACGCUGCGAUGGACCGAUCUGCUACAGUGGAGCACUAUAAGGCAGCCAUGUUGCUGAGUGGUGUUGGUGAUGCUCUGGGAUACAGGAACCAGCUGUGGGAGUACAACGAGUCAGGACCAGCUAUCCACCAGGAGCUGAAGGAGCUUGGUGGUCUCAAGAACAUCAAGGCCGAGCUCCCUGACUGGCCGGUGAGCGAUGACACAGUUCUGCAUCUGGCAACGGCUGAAGGACUGGCAACUGGGAAGACGGGGGAGGAGCUCAUGCAUGAGGUGGCAGCUCGAUAUGUGGAGGGGAUGAAAGACAUGGACGGGAGGAAACCAGGGCCUUCAAGCAUUCUGGGAGUCUCCCAGCUGAGGCCUGGAGAGGAAGGGGGCUACAGAGUGUCCUAUAAUCCAGAGGGGACAGGCUGUGGAGCAGCCAUGAGGUCCAUGUGUAUUGGCCUCAGGUAUCCAAAGCCUGACCAGCUGUUGUCAUUGGUGGCGGUUGCCGUGGAGACAGGCAGAAUGACCCAUCCUCACCCCACUGGUUUUCUGGGAGCCGUCGCAUCGGCCCUUUUUACUGCGUACGCCGUCCAGCGCAGGCCAAUCACGACUUGGGGUCUAGGCCUGAUUAAUGAAGCCUGUCCAAUAGCAAAGAACUUUGUUCAGAGUCGAGGCUACGCCGUGGAGGAGACGGAGAGAGACUGGAACUACUUCUGUGACAAGUGGCAGUGGUACCUAGAUUUGAGGGGACUCUCUCAUGGGGUGGGGCCUGUGAUUUGGCCCUCCUCCUACGGCCCAGCUGAGAGAGAUGAAGUCUACAAGACCUUCAGCCUGUCAGGCUGGGCGGGACGCAGCGGCCACGACGCUCCAAUGAUAGCACUGGAUGCCCUGCUGGGGGCGGGUUCGGACUGGGAGGAACUGAUGAGCAGAGCAGGCUUCCAUGGAGGUGACAGUGACAGCACAGCUGUGAUUGCCUGCUGCUGCUGGGGUCUCCUCUACGGCACCCAGGGGGUCCCUGAAGGCAACUACUCCAACCUUGAGUACCGGGACCGACUGGAACGCAGCGCCGAGCAACUCUACACCCUGUCACACUGAGUAGGCCGCCACAGCCUGCUGCACUGACCGAGUGUGUUUCCCCUCAGUUCCCCAACUGAGGGGAAACUAGGCCGCAUACUCUGACACAUUGACGUAGAGCUAGUUGGCGCGCUCGGUAGUACAUUGAUUUAGGGGCCUGUCACUGAGCCGCAAAGUGUGGUGUCAUACAUGCCUGAAGGGGAAGCAGAGUGGCCCACUAACCCAAAGAAGAGUCAUCUCUGCCUUAACAAGGACUGUGUGCUGUAUAAUGAGGGGUCCCCCUAGUGAGCAUUUUAAAUUAACAUGCAGAAUUGCACCACCGAGUGGAACGAAUCCGAGCUAAUGAGAAUGUGAAGAGAAUACAAAGUCCCCUGGGAGGUAAUUACUUUGUUUCGUCAGCCUGACAUAAUAGCAAAUGCUUAUCGAACUUCAAAUUAAAUGUGCUCUUGUUAUUGUCUAAUGAAAAAUAAAUGUCUGCGUCUCAUUAUAGCUCUUAGCUUACUACAAAACUGUUAACUGUAAUACUCAAUUAAUAGUACAAUAAAUAAAACAAACAAACCUUUUAA